UUUAAGGUAAAGCUUUACCUUCCGAAAGGAAUAGCAUUACUUAUACAAGUUAUAUCAGAGACUGUGAUGGUGCUAAUCAAGAACACUGCAGCUUGUGUUGUGUUUGUAUUUCUUUGUGCUGCCUGGUUCUCCACUGCACGGUUGAACCCUAAAGGUGUUGCAGUUGAUGAAAUUCCGGAUAUAAAGGCAAGUGUUGCAACUAGGGUUACGAAAAGUACUAGAGUGAAAAGCUUCGCAAAGCUUGAUAUGAAUAAAUAUGGGAAGGUGAAGUGUUCUGCGAUUCCUGAAGAAAAAAGAAAUGGUAGAAGACGUUUGCCUUAUGAGGUUAAUGGGGGUCCCUUGGCUUUUACUGCUGCUUUUACUGCUGAUUAUUAUCGACCAGUGCACCAUCCACCUAAGAAUAACAAAUGAAUUCUUAAACUUCAUCCUCUUAAUGGAACAUAUUUGGUUGUGUUUUUUUUUAUUUUUAUUUUUUAUAUAUAAUCAUUUAGUGUUUCUUAAUUUACUACAUAUAUGAACUUAUAGAAGUGGUUAUGGUCUUCCAUGUACUGUAAACAAACAUGUUA